CAAUAACAGAAAUUUCCUGAUAUAAAAUAUGAUAUUAGUAAUUUAUCAUUGACAAGACAAGUGAGAGUAGAAAGUGAGGUUAAGGUUGCUGAGAUACUGAGUGAAGAGGUGAGGUGAGGACUGAGCAACUGAGGCCCCGGAAUGUGAAUGGAGCGAAUCUAGAAAUAAAAUAUUUGAAUAUGGGUAAAAAGAGGAAAUUGAAUGAAUCUAAAGAUGACGAAUUCGAGUUUGAUCCUAUACCUAAGCAUUUAGUAGUAAAGCACUUGAAAAACCAAGAAAAGCGGUUGAUUAUCAUAUUAGAAGAUGCCCAAUUGGAGAGUGUCAAGGUUGGAAAUAAAUUUGAAUUAUUGAACUGUGAUGACCAUACAAAUAUUUUGAAAAACAAUAAUAGGGAUGUAGGAUCUUGUAGACCUGAUAUUACCCAUCAGUGUUUGUUGAUGUUAUUUGAUAGCCCUCUGAAUCGAGCUGGGUUGCUGCAAGUAUAUGUUCAUACUGCUAAUAAUAUUCUCAUUGAAAUAAAUCCACAGACAAGGAUACCAAGGACAUUCAAAAGAUUUGCAGGACUAAUGGUGCAACUUCUACACAAAUUUUCAAUAAGGGCAGAAAGUGGGCCAAAGCUGAUGAAAGUAAUUAAGAAUCCUAUUUCUGAUCAUCUUCCUGUUGGAAUCAGAAAACUUGCUAUGUCAUUUUCUUCAAAACAGGUGAAAACUUGUAGAGAUUUGGUGCCCAAAACGGAAGAUCCCAUUGCAAUAGUUGUAGGAGCAAUGGCAAGAGGUAGCAUUAAUGUUGAUUACACAGAAGAAACUACAUCCAUAAGUAAUUAUCCCUUAUCAGCUGCUUUGACAUGUACUAAAUUGUGUUCAGCAUUUGAGGAGGCAUGGAAUAUAAUUUAGAAUAAUAUCAGUAUUUUUAAUAAAUACACAAACUUUUUGUUUAUGGUAUUGU